AUGAGGAUGGUAAUCCCCCUUUCCGCCGGAAGAACCAAACAAACCGUCACCUUGAUCACCACUCGACAGCGAGUCCACCUCAACCAUCCCAAAGUUCCUAUUCAAUCUAACUCUAUCUCACCUACAGCUCUCUUCAGCGCACCAUGGCAGAUGUCUAGCUCAUCUUGGAAGACUAGCCAUAGUCUUAUCUUGAACAGAGGCGUACAUGGUAACUUGUCAAGACGUCACUACAGUGGCUCACCUAUAUCCAACAUCACCGAUAGACUGUCUUCGAGCGAAAUGGCAUCGUCCUGCAAGAACGUUGUGACUCCCAAUAAGAAUAUCACCAAUACAAUUAAGGUUAUUGAUCUCGAUCUGGAUACUGGAAUACGGGUAUGGGAAGGUGAAGCUGUGUUCACUAAAGAACCUUUGACAGUUAGAUCGAUACGCCCAAAUACAUUCGAGACUCCUAAAUCUACGAAAGAUCAGAAGCCCUCUGGAUCAUCGACAUCUCCAAUAUCAAUCUCAUCUUCCCCAUCUUCAUCUCCCCAAACACCACCUAGACCGAGAGCUGUACCCCAUUAUACAUCCCCAUUACCACGUACUACCCCUACUCCUACCACACAAGCCCUGACAGGACUGCCUCCUAGUCAGCUGAUCGGAUCCAGCCAGACACAUCCUUCCAAACCUAUUCACCCUUUCUUCAAUCGUACGCGUACUGCCCCUCCUACGUCCCAACCGAGAUAUACAGCCCAUUAUUCAUCGACUGAGGCCGGGUCGACUCAGCAAAGUGAAAGUCAGGAUAGCACACCUUCGUCAUCUAGAGCACCCUCUACAGUUGACUAUAAUAAGGAUAAAGAACUGGAUCUCUUAGCUGAAGAAGUUGGGAAGUUACAAUUUGGUUAUGGUCAUCCUCCUAAACCAAAACCAAAAUCCAAUCCUGCCCCUGCUCCUGCUCGAUCACAGUCUGAUGAAAACAAACAAUCCAAAUCCCAACAUGAGGAUAUGACAACAUCCGAUAUUAAACCAUUAUUAGGCGUUUCAUUCAAGGUAAUCUCAAAUGAUGGUAAACUCCAAUCUCGAUCUCAUUCUCCUAAACCAUUGGAUUUACCUUUAUUCCACUACGAUCAGUAUUUCCCGAAACCUCAGAUAGCCUAUACCAAUUCCACCGAAGAGGCGAAUGAUCUCUUGGAAUGCUUGAAAGGUGACGUACUGGGAUUCGAUCUGGAAUGGCCACCUGCAGGAACGUACAAAAUCCCUCAACCUGAUGGAACGACAAAAAAUGUGAAAAUUGGAAUGACGUGGGAUGAGAAGAAAGGAGGGUAUGUUUUUGGACAGGGGAGGACAGCGUUGAUGCAGUUUGCGGAUGAGAGGUUGGUGAUUCUUGUACAUCUGGGGGAGAAGAUGGACAUACCUUCCAAAGCCAUCGAGAUCCUCCGUUCACCUACCAUAUACAAACUCGGUGUACAAGUAAGAGGAGACGGUCAAAAACUCUUACGUGAUUUCCCUCAACAUUUCACCUCUACAUCCUCUUCCGAUAUGGGUAUAAAAGGACUGUUGGAACUUUCUUUCUUGGCCAGAGGAGUCGAUCCGAUAGGUACAGGACCUGGAAAUAGUUUGAUUGGCCUUUCGAGGUUGGCUGAAAGGUAUUUGGGUAAACGGCUGGAUAAGAGCUUGGAUGUAAGGAAAGGGAAUUGGUUUGAAAGGUUGGAUCAGAAACAGAAGGAUUACGCUGCAAAUGACGUUUAUGCCUCUUUACAGAUAUAUAAAUCCCUAAGACGUAUUGCUGAAGACAACGAAUCCGAAGUGAGCUUGAACAAAUACUUAUCGAACGUUGAUAGCUCUGCCCCAGUAACAAGAUUGAGUCCUACAAGUAAUGGUGAGAAGAUAUCGGGAACACAAAUACAACUUGGAGAGAGGAUAGCUACACUGGUAGAAGGGGUGAAAUCACCUAGUCCUGCUCAACUAGGUGCUUUGAAUGAUUUUGUGAAAGGGGUGAGUAUUGAGAAGAGUGCGGAGCAGAAGGGAAUCAAAGUAGCUACUGUUGAAGGAUAUAUUUGCAGUGCAUUGCAGAUUAUCGGAUUGGAUUUCCUUAUGGAGCAAGAGAGGAAACGACUAUGGGAUGAGAUACCUAGAAAUACAUAUACAUGGAAAAGAAAUAAGGAGUUGUACAGGGUCUUGAAGCAGGAAUUUGACCCUGAUGCGAUUAGUGGGAGUGAGAGUGAGAUGGAUAAUAUACCUUGA